GAUUUGGAUUCAAAUUAUUGUUAAUCACUUUGAGAUAUGUGUGGCAGGUGUUUGCAUACUGAUUCUGGGGAUCUGUGGAUGUUGUAUUUGGCGUUGUUGUCGGAAGAGGCGAGGGAAGGAUGGAAAGGGCAAGGGAAGAGCCCUUGACCUCAAAGGGGUUAGUUUGAUUGGACCAGCCUAUAAAGAAAAGGUUCAGCCUGAUAUGGAGGAACUAACAGAAAAUGCUGAAGAUGGAGCUGAUGAAGCUGAGAGCAAACAGAGUGAAGUGAAGCUGGGACGACUGCAGUAUAAGCUGGAGUAUGACUUCAAUGCAAACAGCUUGGCUGUGACAGUGAUUCAAGCAGAAGAUCUACCUGCUCUAGAUAUGGGUGGCACAUCUGAUCCAUAUGUUAAGGUCUAUCUACUUCCAGACAAGAAGAAAAAAUUUGAGACUAAAGUUCACCGAAAAACACUAAGCCCCGUCUUCAAUGAAACCUUCACCUUCAAGAAUGUCCCUUAUGCAGAUGCCAUGAACAAAACACUUGUAUUUGCCAUAUUUGACUUUGAUCGCUUUUCAAAGCACGAUCAGAUUGGUGAGGUGAAAUUACCUCUGUGUCAAGUCGACUUAGCACAGACUAUUGAAGACUGGCGUGAGCUGCAGAGCGUGGAGGGCGAAGGUGGACAGGAAAACAAGCUGGGUGAUAUCUGCUUCUCUCUGCGCUAUGUUCCCACAGCAGGCAAGCUUACUGUUGUCAUCCUGGAGGCGAAAAACCUGAAAAAGAUGGAUGUUGGUGGUCUUUCAGAUCCCUAUGUGAAGAUUGCUCUGAUGCAGAAUGGCAAGAGGCUCAAAAAGAAGAAGACUAGUAUCAAGAAAUGCACUCUAAACCCUUACUACAAUGAGUCCUUCACCUUUGAGGUGCCCUUUGAGCAGAUCCAGAAAGUAAACUUAAUGGUUACGGUGGUGGACUAUGACCGUAUUGGUACAUCAGAGCCUAUUGGUAAGGUGGUACUGGGCUACAAUGCAAGUGGAACAGAGUUACGUCAUUGGUCUGACAUGCUGGCUUCUCCCCGCCGACCAAUUGCACAGUGGCAUACCCUCAAA